CCUUUCUGGUUUUUUUUUUUUUUUGUUGUUGUUUUGUUUUUUUUAAACUGAACACAUCGGUUCUGAACAACUGUUGCUACUGAGCAGAACUGAGUAGAUUAAACAUAGUUUGGCCCUGGUAGUCUCUCGUCCCCACAAGUGCGGGUUUACUGGCUGCACAUGUGUGUGUUGGGAGCGGAGUGGAGUAACCUGACCAGACUGGCUCAGGCACACAAUCAACUCACGCCACCCAGCAGAGAAACACCCUUUCCGCUUCGAAGCCAAAAACCGUGCCUGACUCACCUCGUUCCAAGAGCAAACCACAACACGGGCACAAGCAAAGAUCUGCAGUACGAACCCUCAAAACGAGCCUCGGUUUUAAAAUCGUUUCUGAUGGAGUUCUACACAGCCCUCCUUGCAGCCGGGCUCGCUGGCCUGGUACUGCUGGCGGUCGUGGCUCUGCUUCUGCACCACAGAGGCGCCUACCUGAUGUGGCACAUUUACCUUCAGGGCUACAUGAAGAGCCUUUUCAGCGGCAGAAGCAAGGAGCAGAGGAUCCUGGAUUUUGUGCUGAAGCAUGCCGUGCCAGGGGACCCCACCAGUGUGCUGAAUGCCAUUGACAAGUACUGCAGUCAGCAGGAGUGGGCCAUGAACGUGGGCGAUGAGAAAGGUUUAAUCCUGGACAGAGCCUUGCAGGAAGCUAGCCCCUCCCUCGUGCUGGAGCUGGGCACCUACUGUGGGUACUCUGCCCUCAGAAUGGCUCGUCUGCUCAAACAGGGCGCUCAGAUCCUCACUGUGGAGUUCAACAGAGACAACGCAGGUAUUGCACGCCAGAUCCUGGAGUUUGCUGGGGUGAAGGAUAAGGUGCAGAUUCUCGAGGGCCCCUCUGAGGAGGUGAUCCAGCAGCUGCAGAAGAAGCACGAGGUGGACACUGUGGAUUUCAUCUUCAUCGACCACUGGAAGGACAGGUACCUCCCCGACACCAAGCUUAUGGAGGAACUGGGUUUGCUGAGAAAGGGAACAGUCAUAGUGGCAGACAACGUCAUCUUCCCUGGAGCCCCGGACUUCCUGCAGUACGUCCGCGGCAGCCCCAAGUAUGACUGCACCUUCUAUCCCUCUCGCCUGGAGUACCUGGACGUCGAGGACGGGGUAGAGAAGGCUGUGUACAAGGGCUAGACCGUCAGGGCCACCGGGCUCACUUCACAUUAAUGAUCCAGCGCUAAACAUUUUCACUGUUGCCAGACACGAGUGAUACUUCUUUACAUUAACAAUUUAAUGGAGCAUUACUAAAGCUCAGAUGCCAAAUAAAGGUUUUUUUUUUCUUUCUA